CCAACUUGUUACUCGCAUCCUCGCCGUUGAUCGGCAACCCCUCUAUCAAGGCCGUGAUUUCGGCCUUCUCCACCCUCUCUUGAGGUGGCUUACUCUGAUUUUGGUGGACCACCUAAUGCAAGCAUUGAUGGUCUCAUGAUUUCGGACAAUGGGUCCAAGCACGCCUUACUCAACACCUGUGCACUUGACACUAUGACGUUGGUCGUUCCUCCAUCCCCGCUCCUGAUUUCGAGUGGUCCAAAAUCUCCAUGGUACAAA